AUGAGCGCGUCAAUAGUACUUUUAGUGGCUGGAAUCGUGCUAAGUUCUACAACAAAUGUGUACUCUGAGAAACUAGUUAUUGAUACAGACGCUGGUGCUGAUGAUGCAGCAGCGAUCUUACUGGUUUUAUCUGCAAGAAAAGAUACUAAUUAUGAAGUCGUGGGGAUUACUUGCACUUACGGAAAUACUGAGGAAGAAAACGUGGAAAAAAAUGUCCUGAAAACUCUUACUGUUGCUAAUUCAUCUGAUAUUCCGGUAUAUGGAGGAGCAAAGAAACCUCUAAUGAGCAACUUUACAUCGGAUAAGUAUUUUGGCGAAGAUGGUUUUGGUGAUUUUGAUUUCAAAGAAGAAAUCAAAGGUGAAAUUAAUCCGACUACUCAUUCCGCGGAAGCUUUAGUUCAUUUUGCGCGAAAGUAUCCAGGAGAACUGAGUGUACUUGCUAUCGGUCCGUUGACUAAUAUCGCACUGGCAAUAUCACUUGAUCCCAAUUUUAUCAACAAUUUGAAAAGACUGUAUAUUAUGGGAGGAAGUAUUGAGGGGAGGGGUAAUAAAUCUCCGGGCGUUGAAUAUAAUUUUGGAACUGAUCCUGAUAGUGAUUUUAUUAUAAAUUGCGAUAGCGUACGCUCGAAGAAAUUAAUAAUUGACACGGAUGGAGGACCCGACGACUCAGCAGCUAUUCUCUUGAUUUUAUCUGCUUGCGCAAACAAUGAUACUAAUUAUGAGGUCGUUGGAAUCACGUGCGUGUACGGAAAUACUUAUGAGGAGAAUGUUGAACAAAAUGUUCUUAAAACUCUCACUCUCGCCAAAUCGCAGGUUCCUGUAUAUGGAGGAGCGAAGAAGCCUUUGGUAGGUGAAUUCAAGUUUGAUGAUUAUUUUGGCAACGAUGGAUUCGGUGAUUUCAAAUUUGAAGAAGAAAUCAAUGGUUAUGUUAAUAGAUCUGCUCACGCAGCAUUAGUUUUAAUUGACUUGGCAAAAAAGUAUCCUGGAGAAUUGGAUAUACUUGUUCUGGGUCCAUUAACAAACAUUGCAAUCGCAGUAACUCUGGAUUCUAAUUUUAUGAACAACAUCAACAGGUUGUAUAUUAUGGGCGGAUGUAUAGGAGGCAAAAAAAAACCUCUUGUUACUGAUUACAACUUUGGAAAUGAUCCUGACAGUAAUUAUAUUGUUUUAAAUGCUCCGAAGUCUGGAAAAGUUCAUCUUUUGUAUCCUAAAGAGACAGUUUUUAAAGCAGCAGUUUCCAAGGAAUGGAGAGUGAAUGUAUUUGGAAAGAUAAAUUCACGGGUUGUAAGUUUUCUGAACAAAGCCGAGGUUAAAGGCUUGAAUCGUCAAUCUUCAACUUGGAGACCUGCAGACGUAAUGGUAGCAGCAGUGAUGCUCUGGCCAGAGUUAAUAACAGAUGCAGUAAAAAUGAACGCGUUACCUAUCACCGCUGGGAAGACUAGAGGAGCUUUGAUGAUUGAUCACGAUGGAGUGUCAAAAAAACCGAAGAAUGUUGAAUUUGUUAGAAAUAUUGACGUUGAUAAAUUUAAAUGUAAGCUAUUAUGUUAUUUUUCAUAA